AUGCAAUCGGUGCGCCAGAUCACCGACGAUCCCGAUACCCGAGUUCGGACAGACCUGGUGAAAGAGGUGCCACAGGUGGCGUUGAUCUGCCAGGAGGCUCCGCACUUAUUCGGCGACGUUCUCCACAAUUACAUGUUGCAGUACAUCAUAGAAUACCUCCGGGACUCGGACAGUCAGGUACGACUGACGGCCCAGGAAACUGUGCUGACGCUAAUAAAGAAGGGACUUCUAGACAACAACGCGAUCGAGGUCAAAAUAUGCGCGGCAAUAGACGUUCUCUGUAGGUCCGUCGAUUUCCUUACCUUGGGCAUCUCCCUCAUGAUUAAGAUGGCGCCGUUCAUCGGGAAAGACCUGACAGAAAAGCUUUUUCUGGACAGAUACAUUUGCCUCUGCAAGGACGAGGUUUUUUGCGUCCGGAAUAUAUCCAUCUCCCACUUCGGGGAGUUCUGCGGCGUUGUCGGGAGAAAAGCACUAUUCAGGCAAUUGUUCCCGCUCUACGUCGAUCUGUGCUGCGACCAAGUAUGGGGCAUUCGGAAAGCUUGCGUGGACGUGAUGAUACCUGUUUCUUGCUGCAUGACCCUCCAACACCGUAGACUACUAUUGGCCGAUCUCCUGGCAACGCAUCUGAACGACGAAUCGAAAUGGGUGCGAAUAUCAGCCUUUCAAAUUCUGGGACCGUUUAUAUCCACGUUCGCGGAACAGUUCACCGACAUCUCGUACAAUCAACAGGGCGAACUGGUGUUCACCAGACAACAGGACAGUGGUUACAGUAUAAGGUACUCCUACGAGGACAUUUUCCCCACGAAGUGCCGAAUACGCAGUCACACGCUCGACGCGGAGGAUAAUAGUACUAAGGAAAACUUUAAUUCAUCUGUGAUAGUAGACAAACCAAUUUACGAGGAGGAGAAUCCCGAGGAGGACGAGUUCCAAGAAGAUGACGUCUCGAUGAUAAGAGCUUGCAAGUCGAAGAUACAGAAAUACGUUAAAAUGAAGGAAGUCGUGGACGACUCUGACAAAUACAGUCCCUUUUUAUACUAUUAUAUCGCGCCCGAUUUGCCACCCGACGACGAGCUGGUCGAAGCCGCGAAAAGAUCCACAGCGCAGAAUAAUAAGAGUCGGAAAUCGAGGAACACCUCGAACAAACCGUCCACGCUGACCGAUUUGUGCAACGAGGACAAAUACGGGGCCGGCGAGUUCGAUUCGAUCAAUUACAACAAACAGGAGAUCGUUCCCAAUCAUCUGAUCGAUUCGUUCUUGUCGAUGGCCGAGCCGGAGCAUUGUUUGGACAUGGGCGCGGACAUACCACAUCAUUGCGCGUUCAGUUUUCCCGCGGUCGCCCUCACGUUGGGCAGAAAGAAGUGGCCUGAUCUGCAGGAAGCGUACAUAUUGUUGGCUAUGGCGAAACAAUGGAAAGUUAGACGCACGGUCGCGUCCGGUAUCCACGAGAUCGCCGUGAUCCUCGGCAAGAACCUAACCGCCGAUGUGCUAGUACCCAUUCACAGUAGUUUCGUCAAAGACCUGGACGAAGUUAGGAUAGGCAUUCUGAAGAAUCUCGCGACGUUCUUGAAGUUACUUGAGCCGAGAGAUCGGUACCUGUAUUUACCAAUGCUGAAAGAAUUCCUUGCCACCGACAACGAAUCGAACUGGAGGUUCCGCGAGGAAUUGGCCACCCAGUUGCUCGAGACUGUAAGACUGUUCCAACCGUACGACGUGGAACGUUACAUUGCCCCUCUGUCGUUCACCCUCCUCAGCGACAAGGUCGCUGCUGUCAGGCAUGUUGCGCUUUCUUUGGUAACCAAAAUCGUGGCAUAUCUAACCGCCCACAGGCAUUCAAUGUCGAGGUUAUUCAAAGAUCUAAGAUGCUCCUUGGGUGUAUACGCGGAGAAGUGGACAGGACGACAGACGUACGCGUUUCUUUGCGGUCAAUUAGUAUCUAACAACGCUAUCACCAGAAUUAAGUUCUCCCGGGAAUUGUUACCUAUACUGUUACAGCUGUCCACGGACAAAGUACCAAAUGUGAGAUUAGCCGUUGCCAGAACUCUGUUGAAAGACGUUGUUCCCAUGGGACCAUGCUGGUUAGACAGCGAGGAGGUGGAGGAAGUGGAGAAAAUACUUCUGAAAAUGCAAUCGGACCCGGACAGAGAUGUUCGAGUGUUAGCUGGUGGCAAGGAGAACCCCACGCAAGAUUGAUUGUCCGAAACUAAAACAAAACCGUCGAGGAACAUAUUGUUUUAACAAAUACAAGCGAACUAAAGGUCGCGUUCGUCAUGCCAUACGAAAUAAUUUUCUACUGGUCUGCCAAGAGGAGUGGAUGCCCCCGUACAAGUGUUCUUCCGCGCAUGAAUCUUCUGUAGACGUAGAGGAAAAUCGAUAGGAAGAAGUAACGAAUGGGAAACUACGUGUUCGCUGUUAUUGUGAAACGGAUGAACAGGAUUUACUAGACACUUUUUUUUAAAGGAUAUCGUAUAUUUACUAACAAUGUAAAAAAGAACAGAUAAGCUCAACUUCAAACAAACAGAAACAAGAAAGAAAAGAAGAAAAAUGUAUCAUUUAGUGCAGUCGAGAUAGGCAAAGAUUGUUGUCGACAACCAAGGGACCGAGUUUUUCUGCGCCCUUUAAUCUCUGAGACAGAUCACAAGUAUCAACGGUCAAAAGACAUUACGCAAUUAUAUGAGUGUGUGUCCGCGCGUGUAUUCUAAAAGGAGUUAAUCUGUGCGUGUUUGUAUUCGCGAGUAUGCAUGCGUUUACCAUUGUGAUCAAUUUGUAUAUGUAAGUGGUCCCUUAGACAAGCCGGAUAUAUCUAAUUAGAGGUAUCGCCAUCGACGAGAUCUCUUGUUCUUCGGUAAAUGGUCAUAGCACGUACUCUUCGGCGCCGCGACGUGUCUGGUAA